CUCCUCACAGGGACGAGCCUCAAACAGAACCUUGCCCUCUAGAUCAGCUGGCUGCGAGGCUCAGCCCCCCUCCUUCCUCCCUUCUCUAUCCCGAGUCACCUUCUGGGAUUUGGGAGUUGAGCACCAUGGGGACUCCAAAUGACCAGGCAGUGUUGCGGGCCAUCUUCAACCCCGACACCCCGUUUGGAGACCUUGUUGGGUUGGACGUGGAAGAGGAGGUGGAGAAGGAAGAAGUAGAUGAAGAUGAGGUUUUUCCUCGAGCGCAGCUGGAGCAGUCCAAGGCCCUGGAGCUCCAGGGGGUGAUGGCCGCGGAGGCCGGCCACCUCAGCACAGCCCUGGAGAGGUUUGGCCAAGCCAUUGACCUGCUGCCCGAGAGGGCCUCCGCCUACAACAACCGGGCCCAGGCCCGCCGGCUGCAAGGAGACGUGGCAGGCGCCCUGGAGGACCUGGAGCGCGCUGUGGCGCUGAGCGGAGGCCGGGGCCGCGCCGCCCGCCAGGGCUUCGUGCAGCGCGGGCUCCUGGCGCGGCUGCAGGGCCGGGACGACGACGCCCGCGGGGACUUCGAGCGGGCGGCGCGUCUGGGCAGCUCGUUCGCGCGGCGCCAGCUGGUGCUGCUCAACCCCUACGCCGCGCUGUGCAACCGCAUGCUGGCCGACGUGAUGAAGCAGCUGCACGGGCCCCGCAACGGCCGCUGAGCCGCGCCAAUAAAGCUGCCGCCUGCCCCCGACUCUCCCGUGUCUGCGUGCGGCCGCCCGCGCCCCCGCUGCAGCCCACCCCGCGGGCCGCCGCGCUCGGGAUGGGGGCGGGGCCGG